GUAUUGCAAUACCGUAGACGAGCCUCUGCUGAUCGAUUGAUUUGGAAUGGGCUCCCCAUGUAAGCAAUUCCGCAGGAAUUGAAUCCUUCCUCGCCUGACUAUAAGAACAGAAAAGAGGGCGGACGAGAAAGAGGGAACCGGCAAGGAGGAGGAGGGAAGAAGAAAUGAAGCCUCACAGGACUUUUCCCAGGCCUGAGCCUAGGAGGACAGGAAAUGGCUUCAUCAUCGCAUCGAUGCUUCUCUCUGUGUGCAUCCUCUCGCUCAUCAAGGCCCGUUAUUGCUCAGCUCCAUAUGGCAAGUCGCGGGAGUCUUCGGAACUGGAAAUAACCAUGGGAGCUAUCAGGAUGCUGGCAGCUAAGAGUGGCGAUCUUGCUCUUAAAGGGCGUGAAGAUGGAGAAGACUACAGGCUACUGUUGGAAGCAGUGAGCAGAGACAAAGCUGCUAUGGAGGUCAAGAAGCCGGUAUGCAUCGAAACAAGCCGGAGAUCUGAUGUUUGCGAGGCGGAAGGCGACUUAAGGGUGAGAGCAAGCGCCCAGACCAUCUUCGUAGACCCUUUCCUCACAAGUCAGGAAUGGAAGAUGAAACCUUACGCCCGGAAGCACGACCAGCCCGCUCUUGCUCACGUCAAGGAAUGGACGAUCAGGCCGUUCACGGAGCAGGAAGCACCGCCGAGUUGCACCGAGAACUACACCGUCCCCGCCGUGGUCUUCUCCGUCGGCGGCUACACCGGAAACCUCUUCCACGACUUCACCGACGUGAUAGUCCCUCUGUUCAUCACCUCCACACGGUUCCACGGCGAGGUACAGUUCGUCAUUGCCGACGCGAAGCCCUGGUGGCUGAGCAAGUUCAGCUUGCUUCUCAAGCAGCUGUCCAAGUACGAGAUCAUCGACGCCGACAACGACCGAGAUGCGGUGCGGUGCUUCCCCCGAGUGAUCGCAGGACUCGACUUCCACAAGGAGCUCGGGGUCGACCCCGCCAAGGCUCCCAGCGGGUACUCCAUGACGGACUUCAAGGAGAUGCUGAGGAGAGCGUACGGACUAGAGAGGACGAGGGCGGAGCCGUCGGGUGACCGGUGGGACGUGAGGAGGAAGCCGCGGCUGCUGAUCAUAUCUCGCAGGAGCUCAAGGGUGUUCUUGAACGAGAGGGGGAUGUCGGACAUGGCCAUGAGCCUGGGCUUCGACGUGAGGAUCGCCGACCCCGAUGUGACCACCGACCUGGGGAAGUUCGCGAGGCUGGUGAACUCCGCCGACGUGAUGAUCGGAGUCUACGGCGCCGGGCUCACCAACAUCGUCUUCCUCCCUGCGGGUGCCGUGUUCAUCCAGGUGGUUCCCAUGGGCAACCUGGAGUGGCUGGCGAGGGACACCUUCGAAAAGCCAUCGCCGGACAUGCAGAUCAAGUACAUGGACUACCGCAUCCAGGCGGACGAGAGCACGCUCAGCGAUCAGUACCAGAAGGACCACCCUGUGUUCACAGAUCCUCAAUCGAUCCACAAGAAGGGUUGGAGCGAACUCAGCAAAGUAUACUUGGAGAACCAAGAUGUGAAGCCACAUUUGGGCAGGCUCAGGAUCACACUGCUGGAAGCUCUCAAGUUCCUUCCGCACGGCCGCAAGACGACGACUCAGUGACUGCUUUCUUCUUUUUUCUUUCAGGGUUACACUCGAUUAUUUCUUGUAAGAAGAAUGAAUAGUUAGGUAGAUAAAUAGAUAGCUGAUAUUGUCAUGUUUAAUAAAUUGGAGCAUAGUGAUGUUUAAAGCUGAAAGAAAUGAUUUCAGUUUUGAUGAAAUGUCAUGUUUAGGUUGUGAGAGGCAUCUGUUUGCCAUAUACCUCUGUCUCAUUGCGAGUAUAAUUAAUUUUAUUUUCUUGUUCAUUCUCCUUUUCUUAAAAGGAGGGUGAGGCUAUACUUGA